UAAUAUAAGGUGAGGGAAGUGGGGAAGUGGGGGUAUGAUUCGAGCAGUAUCGUUCAAAAAGGUCGCGCGAUACACAUUGCGUCGCGUCGCGCCGGAAUUCAAGAGGGGCCGAGCGAAGAGGAAAGAAAAUCUCCCCGGCAACAAAAGCUCCAUAUGCUUGCAGCAUCCGGCGCGGCACGAUUCGACCAAUAGUGCCGCUUGGCAACGAAACGGCGGGACGAAACGGCACAUGUGAUUCGCCGAGUGACGCGCGUGGCGUCGAUUGGCGGCAAAGGGAGGGGAGAGCACACACGGUGAGAGCCGAGUUAUAUGCGACGAUGUUCAAUGUGUCGGUAGAACGUUGACGCGUGUGGGUAUACGCAGAGGGAGAGCGGGUGCGUGCGCAUGUCUCCCUAAGUCGCGCGCACCCCCAAGCGCCGUUCAGUGACAUUGGUCGAGGGUGCGAGACGCGUAUGUCGAGGAACGAUCGAGACGACGAAGCGGCAAGUUGUGCCAUCGAGUUCGCGCGAAGAAAAUCAUUCGCGGUGAAAAGAUCGAAACCAGCCUUCCGUUUCUCUGUGGCCUGUUGUUUACGAAGUGCGCGCACGCGGGAGGGGUGACCUUUCUCCAUGCGCUCGCGGAUUGCCGGCGUCGGCGAGCGCGGCAGAAGGGGCGAGUGGAAAGGGAAGGAAAGAGGCGCCGGGCGGGCAUGAAGCGCGCGCGUUUCCCGCGCACACGUGAGUACAGCGCGAAGCAAGACGCGAGUGUCAACACGGGAGUCGAGGGAAAGUGCCAAAAGAGUGGCGCAUUCUCGCCGAACUUCACGACGUAGGUACGUCUCGGGGGACGCGAUCUCGGCGAUUGACACGGAAUGACACAUUUCGUCGCGCGAUUUAACGCGGAAAGGGAGGUUCGAUCGAAACGUCGACGCGUUCCGAGGACACAACUCGUUCCUUUCUCCCGUGUGGGAAAAACAAACGAUCCGUGAGUGGUGCGAGCGAGAAAGUGCGAAGAAAUGUGCGAAAAGCAACACGUGCGCCCGACGUCCCGUCGAUCCCUCCGUGAUUUAUCGUGUCAAGAUAUGUCGCCUCACGCGUCGAGAUUUAAUAAAGAUUAAACAUUGACACGUUAAAAGUCUCCUAAUGACUUGUUUACAUACCUGUCUUCUGUGAGCAGGACAAAAAGUGUGACAUUUACUGUAUCUUAUCUCCGCGAUAAACGGAAGGCGACUGUGAAGUGAACCGUUUCGAAAGGUCGCCAAAGUUAAUAAACAAGCGUGAACUCUUCGUUGCCUGUACUUGCCCGUGCAAAUAAUAAAGUGACGUUUCUCGGCUAACUCAGGACACACAACGGGGAGUUGUCGAUUUCGCUGUUCGAUGGCGACGAGAGUCCCGCUCGACAUGCCGCUUGGGAUGUACCGUUCACGUGGUGUCCAACAAAAGGCUAGGUAGUCGAAUACCGGAAAUCGAGCGUCUCGAGUCUGAAUUUCAUCGGUCGGAUGAACGACAUCGUCCCGAAUACGAUGGAGGACGUUGACAGCAUGCACAUCGUUGAGACGCAAAGCGUCUCCGUCGACAGCAGCGGACGCAGCUCCCACGACAGCGUCGACAGCGGUUAUUUGUCCAUGGUGACGCCGCACACCAGCGGCUGCACCCCAAAGGUGGCCGGCUGCAGGACUCGCUCGUCCACCGGCGCCCUGUUCACCGCCAAGAAGUAUUGCAGGUACCGCCCGGAUCCUUUCCAGUGCGAGAAGACGCAGAGGCGCCGCUCGAAGUACGCCCAUUUGCUGAACAGCUCGGAGUCCGGUUUCCUCGUCUCCGAGAGCCCCGCCGCGGAGCAGGAGUCAGUGCUGGAGCCGUCGUGCGCGAGCGUCAACCAAAGUCUCAGCCUGGUGCACUCCACCCCGAGUUGCGCCAACGAUGAGUUCGACAAGGUUCUCAGAAAUAAGAGGAACUGGAGGACCACGGUGCCCGUCACCCCCGCGUCCACGGACUUCGACAUGUUUUCGCCGCCCCCGUCGCCGGCGGUGCCGUCCUCGUCCUACGUGGCCUCGGAGCCGAUCCAGGAGGAUGUGGAGAUGAAGCUAGUCCAUACGCCGCGGGGCAAAUCGCAGCAGAUCACGACGCCGCCUAGACUCAAGGUCCUGAUCCCGAAGAUCGUGAUCUCUCCGAUUUGCACGAGGAGCAGCCCCGCGAUAACGUCGGCGGAGAAUCGCAAGUUGCGCGACCUACGCAUCACGGAUCUGGCCGCCGCGGCCGAAAUCAAGCCGAAGAAGCUGGACUUCAGUCAUCGCGGUCUGUCCGCGUCGUUGCGGAAGAGCCGUCGGGCUACUUUAGACUACACGGGAAAGGAGAAGGUGGACUUCCUGUCUCUCCUCGGCGAGGAGAGCAAUCAUUUGAACGUAGUAUCGAAAAUCCUGUCGCUUCUCUCGCCCCAAGAUCUCUGCUCGAUCAGCAUGGUCUCCAGAGCAUGGGGUAGAAUUUGCAAAAACGACUUUUGCGCCAAUGGACGAAGGAUGAGCUUUAUCAUGCGUAAACAUGCCAUCAAGGAAAAUCUGUGGCUCAUGAAGUUAGCGAAGAAGGCGAAGUGCGAGGAGGAUGUACCGACGAGUCCUAAGAGCAGACGUUACGUCCGGAAGGGGUGCCUGUUGGAUGUACAAAAUUUGCUGCAUGUUCCAGCACAGCCGAACAGCCCGCCUGUAUCGCCGAGCAAAAUCAAAUUUCAUUCCUUCGUCAAGGCUAGUCGGACGCUCGCAAAUGGCGAGUACUUGCUGCCGUGUCCGAGGUGCAGCUUCCCCUGCCACGUGGACAAUGAGAAGAACAUCGGUGCCUGCUCGAGGCAGGGUUGUUCCAUUGAGUUCUGCAUUUCGUGUUCAGCAAAGCCGCACGCGGGCCCGUGCAAGACGCCCUUACUGGCUACCCCGACAAAGCGCAACAACAAACGUCUGAUCGUCGGUUCGAGACAGAGCAAACGGAAUCUGCGGCGAUUAUAAAUCGAUUCCUUUUCCCUCGAUCGAUCCGCGUCCCGAUCGCGAGGAGAAAAGAGCUAGUCUAGUUACAGAGUCCCCGUCGAUCCUGUCGAGAGGGAGGUAUAUUAUAGACAAAAAUAUGUAUACCGUACAUGAUGAAAGUCAAAAGCGAUUUUAUAGGCUAAAUUGAAAGAUAAAUUCGCAUUUUAAUGUGAUUAAUGUUUCGCGCUUAGUUUAGAGCAGAAUGAGAGAUGUGCUUUUGUUGCGUAUUGAGAUGAAUUCGGUUGCACGCUACGGCACGACACACAUCUUCAUAGCUUGAAGAAUAUCUUAAGAGCGUCUUCAAGCGGCAUAUUAGCUUACGAGGUGGCAUAAGCGUAUUUAACCGCCAUAAAUGCCGCUGGUGAAUGAAUUUUAAGCGCCGUAAAAUCCACGAACGCUCUAAUUCGUCCCGAUUCGUCGUCGACGCUACGAGGGGGGCUGAUACCGAAGUAUGGCUUAAAUCUUCCGAACGACGGCGGUGGACGUGCAACCGAAUUCCCUCUCCAUCCCUCCUCCUCGUCAAUCUUGGGAGCAAAUUCCGCCCCGAGCGAUGCAACCGAGCGAGAGAACGAGAGGCUGGCGGUCAGGGGGAGAGUACCCCCGGCGAGGCGUGGAGAGAAGAAGAGAGAACGGCGAAUAUGGGAGAGAAAGGGAGAAAUGAGAAGCCAUAAAGGCAACGGUCGUAAAACCACGUAAGGUACCGGCGAAACACUUUGCGCCGCCCGGAUAUUCCGCUUUUUACCGGGCGCUCUCGGCCCCUUAAUGAAGACGGGGAGAGAGUCGGCCGGGGCCCGCGCGCGCAUUUCUUGCGGCCGGGGCCCGUCCGCAGAAACCGCUCUUUCUCCCUUCCUCCCUCCCUUCCUCUUUCUCUCGCGGGAAUCGUAAAACACUGUAACCGCCAGUACGGUCGCGAACUCCGACGUCCGUCGAGAUGCGAACGAGAUAAAUUCUCAUCUGUCUAUCGGCUUAGUUUGGCUUAUUCUUCUUACGUAAAUGUUAGAAGCGCAAAGCGAGUUUCUUUUCCUUUGAGCGAACAUUUCAUUUCCUCUUCGAUCCUGUUCAACGAGACAUCAGCAGUUUAAUAAAUUCUUACUUUUGAUUAUUUAAUAUUUAUAUUGGAUAUUUAAUAUUGAAUUUGCAAAGGAAGGGUGAGAAUGGUAUGAAUUAUGAUAAAGUCAGACAACUAUAUCGAUAAAUCGAUGAUUCCAAUUUUCUAUAUGUUAUAUUCAUAACAUAAAUGAAAAAAAAAAAAAUAGAAUGAGAAAUCAUAUAUGCGUUUUUUUUUAACUAACUUAAACAUGUCAUUCUCAAGCAUCAUCCUCUCUUUUAUAUAUUGAGUAGAUUAAAAUUACAUUUUAUCUAGAAUCCGCGUCCUUCUUUCCGAAUUUAUAAAUAUCGUAAUCUCGUUCGAUGACGAUCGCUCAAUAAGUAUCAUCGAAAGUGCAUAACAAUAGAUAUAUGCAAACAUACGAAAAAAUACAGUGCCACAAUAGGAAAUAAGAAUAACGUUGGAAAAAA